GUCAAUAUCACGCGACACUCGCGAGGGAGCGAAUUUUGUUUACAUGUGUUUCCAAAUCGCUGCCCCAUCGUAGCAAAACAUUCCAAAAUUUUCACCGAGGCAGAUGCCAUUUAGAAUAACCAAUUUAAGUUAUGUAAAUAAUGUAUAUCUUAUGCGAUAUUUUUACGUUCAUUCAAUUGUUAAUACAGCGGUUAUGAUGUGUCUAAUUUAGCUUAUUUUUGUCCGUUGAGAAGUGAGAAUAAUGUGUAUGUAAUUUGUGCCCAAUUAAAAUAUUCAUAAAAUGGCUAAACGCUUUGGAAACUUUCAACUGAAGCAACCUUCUACGGGAUACAAAAAAGCUCGCCUUGAUUUUGAGAUAAUUCCUAGCCAACAGUAUGUACAGUACACCCAACAGGCACAGCGAACCUCAACGGUGGUUAAAACUCCUACAACGGUUGCCAAAUCAUCUACCAAAUCCGAUGUCCUGUGGGGCGAUGAGGAUGAUGAAUUCAUCAUUUUGGCAUCUCAAGCCGUGGAGGAAGUGGAAAUGUUUCAGCAAACCCAGACAGGUGAGGUCACCUUCGGUAGAUUUGGUAAGGAAACGAUUACAUCUAGUACCCAGGCAGAUCCGGACUCAUGUGAGCUGAUGCCUCCGCCUACAGCGAUACCCGGUCCGUCUAAAGCGAAACCGGUUCCGGUUGAGAUUAUAGAUCUGCUGAAGGAUGAUGAUGACGUGUUUAGUGAACAAUUCGACGAUAAUUACGACAACAUUGAGAAGCACAUCGACGAGUUUUUCAAUAAUGAGUUCGAUGAUGACUUCAAUCUGGAAGGAUUGCGCAGCAGUGGUAGUUCUGAAAAACUAGCUGAGCAACCGAAUGGGUACGGAGGGUCGCCGAAGAAAAUCUCGCCAAAUCGAACGAAGACUGUGGAUGUAAAUGCUGGAUCGUCGACCGUAUUCAAGCCGAAACUGCCACAAGCGAAGCUUGGAGGGUUCACGACAAACCCACAGGGAAACGCACAAAACCGUUUGCCCGCAAGCCAGUAUCAAUUAACGCAAGCAAACCGGGAAGCCAAACAAAAAGAUCAUGCGAAAGACCUGCAGGUCAAAUUUCUUACUAAUCAGCUAGAGAUGGCCAGUAAAAAGACCGAGAAACUUCAAACGGACUACAACGAUAUGAUGGAACGUAUUCAAAUUCGGGAUGGCGAGGUUUCUAUGCUGCGCUAUGAGCUGAAGAACAUCAAGAGCCAAAACGAACAGCUGCGACUGGAGAAGAUGAAAGAAAGCGAGACGAUCAAGAAGGAAUGGGUGGAAAAGAUGAAAAGUCUAGAGAAGGUCAUUGUGGCACAGAAGGCAGAUUUAGAGUUUAAAACGGUAGAGAUGAUGAACUUGAAGAUGAAACGAAUGAGCAACUCUUUUAAGCCAGACAAGAGCAUCUUGGUCCCGACUGGAAAAACUGUAACGGAGGAGGAUUUUAAAGCACAUUCCCUUCGGUUUCGAGUGUUUGAAGAAUCUCCACUCUCAGGUGAUGAAAUUGACCCAAAGAUCUUUGAAAUUUCCGCUGAAAGCAUUUCAAAGUAUAGUAUCAAUAGUGGAAUUUCCAAUUUCUCCAAGAGGGAUGCCUUUCUGUCUCAGCAUUUGGGACUUUUGCAAGCGUACCUAUCGCAGCUAGUUUGUUCAAAAGGCUCGUUACCAGAUGAAGCGAUACGCUCGAUAGCGAAGACAGCAUUUCAAGCAGUUUCGGAGGUUCAAAAUUAUUGCAACAGACUACAGAUGGUACGAGUUAAGGAUAGCCACAUGGGUGCUAAAGUGGCGUUCGAGUUUCUGUGCAGGAACAGCAAGAAGAGUCGAUUGAAAGGAUGUGCCAAUAUUUACCAACGGGAGCCGAUUGUUAGCACUGAGAAAGCCAUCAUUUCGAGGAGGUUCCUGGCGGCUUUAAGUUUACUUUGCAGGUACUUACCGUCGCUGGCUGUAAGUUUAGUACGGUCCCAGGAAGGUUCAGAAUCCUGCAUCAACGUGUUGAAUAAAUCACUGAUCAAAAUUAGUUAUGCACAUGAAUUAUACGACCAUUUUGGAAUGAUCGCUGCUGCAGCCGCAUUUCUUAGUAGUCUUUGUCGCCACACAAGCCGCUUCGAUGAACAUGGUUCCCAAGUGGUUAGUCUCCUCAAAUCAAUUGUACAUUGUCGGCCGAAUAGUGGGCUCAUACUAUCGCAUCUAUCGGAAGCUCUCUAUCGAAUAUCCACCGAGCACUCAGUAGAACUUCUCAACUACCUUUGCUGUCGUAGUAAACCGGAGUGUUUCAAGUUUAACAGUUCUUUCAAAAUGUUUCAGUUUACGAAAGAUUCCUGCAUUUUGCAAAUCUACGCUUUACUGCUUGAAACAUCGGUUGCACAGAAUCGAACACUGCCCGCGUCAGAUAUUCAGCACCUAGUGGCAAACACUCGGAACACCGCAUACUUUUUGCGCAACGCGCUGGCACACCCGGUCCAAUGGAUACAACAUUUCAUUCAGCACUCAAACCAUCAGCGAACGUCAUUUUCCAAAACUUCCUGCCAGUGUCACAUUAGAAUAGUCAACGCUUUCGUGAUACUGUUUCAUCAGUUACUUCGCUGCUGGAUGCAAUGUCCGCUCAAUAUUGAAUUUAACACCAUGCUGCAAAUCACGCAAAACGGUGUUCUGUUGCUGUAUGACAUCUUCCAAACAACGUACCGCAGUGUAAUCCUCCGAAUCGGUGGCCAUGCGGUUCAGUGUCGCCUACAAGCUGUCUACAACUGGUUGACGCAACACCAAAAUGACUUUCGCUUUCAACCUGCGCACAUAAAAGCACUUCGUCUGCUGGACCUGCGGUUAAUGAUGGAUGAACCGUUGAAAUCCAGUGAUGACGAAGACCGAAUGGACGCCGAUCCGGAUAGUGAUGAUUCUGCAAAAGAGCGUAGCUCCAUGUAUGAAGAUUUGUUUCAGGAUUUUUUCGCCAGUAAAAUAUUACACCAGUAAACACAGCAAA